AUGGCUUCAACUCCAACUCUGACCAUGCUUCUCACCAUCUUCUUGCUCUUCGGCUUGAGCACCUCCACCUACGAAUCUUCAUCCAAAGAAUCUGAAGAAGUCGAACUCGACAACGAAGAGAAUUGCUAUGAAUUUGCUCCACCGGUGUGCAGAGGAUUUGCGAGCACCCAAAAGAUUCUCCGCACAAUGUGCGACUGCGUUCAAUCUCUUCACACCACUGGAAAAUGCCCUGAAACCCCAAAGAUUGCGGAGUUUCUCACGAGCAAUAUGUCAAUGGAGAUUCGCCGGGAAAACAAGGAAUGGGAUUUCGUUUGGGCCCUUUGCAUCAAACAAGAUACAUUUACUCCAUUCAUGGACAAAGCCGUCGAAUUCUGCAUGAACUCCGAAGAUCAUAUGAUCCCACAAGCUGUUAUUCAAAUGCGAACCAACGGUUUUUCAAAGGAACAGACUCCAAAACAAAAACUGGGACAUUAUUUGCUCGACAAUGACGUCUUCUUCAAAAGUGUUUACAAUAAACUGUACCUUGGAAUCUAA